GGCUGCGGACGCACCGUUGCUAUUGGAUACAGCAGCAGCUUUGCGUGCUAACGAUGCUAACAAAUGCUUACCUUUCCGAGGAAAAAGAAGGAAAGCCAUAGUUUUGUAGCCAGACGUUUAGACAGACCAACCGUGACGUCAUCACCGUGUCAAACUUUGGGUUCUGCUGGAUCAUCAGGGAUUUGAAUAUGACUGAGUUGGAACUGGACCUCAACUGGUCUAAUCUAGUUUAUGGAAUGCUGACACCAACAUGUCAGACUGUGAACCACCUACUGUAGUGGAGCCGACGACUGCAGAGGAACCCGGUCCUCCAGAUCCUGGACCACCUUGUCGUCCUCCUCUGGCAGAGAAGGCCCUGUCUGAGUCUUUUGGUCGACUGCGGUACCAGGACACGUCCCUGAUGAUCUGGCAGCAGCAGCAGCAAGAUCUGCAGACAGGACCCCCUUCCACCUACCUGACUCGCAGCCAGUCAGCGUGGUACAGUAGAUACGGGAAUCAGGCUGUGCUGGUCCGGGACAAGACAGGGCUGAAGGACACUGAGGGACAGUCCAGGAUCUGCAGCGUCAUGUAAACUACAAUUGGAACGUGUAUUUUAAAUGUAUUUGUAGUGUCAGUAUUUUAGUUUUGUAACUUCACAGGAGUUUUCCAGAGGAAAAUCACAAACAUUUCACGCCCAGAUGUUUUCAACUUCUGUUGCUCAAAUAUGCGUUUACACUUCAGGUCUGAGACUUUUUCAUCAAUGACGAAUGUUUCUGUUUCUCAACAGAUGCCAUUAUAUACAUACUGUGAACUAUUGGUGUCAGCAGCCACACAUUCAAGUCCCUACUGAUGAUUUUGAAUCUAAGCUCUUUUCUCCAUUCAGUACAUGUUGAAUAACUGCUGUGUACCAAAUGACUCCUACAAAAUGGUACCAAACAGAAGCAGAAUCAACGCAUGAAAGAAAUGUUAUCUUCUCAAUGAGGCCAAAAAGAUUUUUUGAGAGGCCACUGUGACCUUUGAACUUUUCAUUAUUGAGUCCAAGCCAUCUUUUGUGUCUUAGCUUUGAAGAAUUCCCUCAAGAAGUUACUGCAGUAUCAUGUCCACAAAAUGGGACAAACGGACAGCCAGAAAACAUGAAGCCUGCAUGGUAACAGGAGUGUACUGUAUCAGUGCCUGGAAAA